GGAUCACAAACCCUACACACACCUUUACCUUCAUUUCAUCUUCCUAAUCCCAUUAUAUAAUCAUCUUCUUCAUACUUUUUACGAUUCUCAAACGAUUUUCAUUCUUCGCUACCAAAUUUAGGUUUCUUGGUUCAGAUAUGCCUUAUAGGGUAGAAAUGGGGGUAUAUCUGAGCACCCCCAAAACUGAGAAGGCCUCAGAAGAUGGCGAGAAUGACAAACUAAGAUAUGGUUUGUCAUCCAUGCAAGGGUGGCGCUCAACCAUGGAAGAUGCU